UUGAUUGUUUGACUUCUAAAUCAUUUUUUUGUGAAACAUUAGCCUAGAGAAAAUGAGAAAUGCAGGUUAAAAAAACAAUGAUAGCAGAAAAUCCCUGUAGCUGUUUCAAAACUAGUAUUUUGUGGAUACUUUAAUGAAGUGAUGUUAAUGUGUUAACGUAACUGUUUAUGCUAUGUGAUGGCAAACAACAGAACGUCCCCCCCGUCUUAUUAUUAUGAACACACAGCCCUUUUGUAAAGUGGCACGGAGUCCGUGAAAACGUUAUGUUCCCUCUGGGUACACAGCUAGCGUUGAGCACCUGUCAAUCAUCCCCGAAGUCCAGUGUUUGCCAAACCAACCAGAGUGCAGGGAGUGACGUGUGGAGACUCGGUGGAGGGUAGUCAGCUAGGGUAUAUAAACGCUUCGGUGGUGUAGUCAGCUAGUGUGACAGAGAGCGUUCGAGAGAAACAGACCGAGUCUGGGAGAGCGAAGGGCCAGGGCGAACCGCACUGGGACGCAAGCCCCCAGGGAAACUGUAACGAAUCAGCUCCAGUUAUUGCACCCCCUCGCAAUAAACACAAACCUGGCCCAUGGAGCUGAAAGAAGCAGUCAUAGGAGGAGGAAGCGGAGUGUGCGCAGCCGCGGGCUCCUCCAAGGUACUCCUGGCUUACAAGAACGCGACACAGCAUCUUAACGCGCCGGGACUCAAGGUGUCCAACAUCUCUAAAGCCGGUAUGGGGAUCCUAAAACUGGCCACGUCGCAGUGGAAGCACCAGGAGAAAAAAGCGAGAGCCCGUUCCUCCAGCGUAGGAAACAGGUACACGUCCUCCACCGAGCGCAGCCCAUGCAAGCGAUCCGCGUUGGACCAGAUAGCAGCACUGGUGGUAAAUGGGCAGUCGCGGUUACAGCAGCUGGCGCAGGAGCCGCGUCAGGACGCGUCGUGCUCCAGCAAACCACAAAACUGCCGGCGCAUCGUGGUGCUGGGAGCGCCAAAGGUCGGCAAGACAUCAAUCCUGCGGCGCUUCCUCCAAGACGGCUUUGACGAGCAGUACGAGCCAACGUCCGAAGACUUCCACCGAAAACUGUACAACAUCCGAGGGGAAACGUACCAGAUCGAUAUCCUUGAUGCUUCUGGGGAGAGAAGCUUUCCCGCAAAACGCAGGCUCUCCAUCUUAACCGGCAACAUCUUCCUGCUUGUGUUCAGCCUGGACGACCGCAACUCUUUCGAAGAAGUGCGCGCACUGCGCGCAGAAAUCGUGGCAGCUAAAACAGCCCAGAUCAAGUCCAAAGAGCGCGCGCGGGUCCCCACCGUCGUCUGCGCCAACAAAGCAGACCUGUCCGAAAACGAGUGGGCCAUAUCCCGCGACGAGAUCCGGGAAGUGUGCGGGGACGACUGUGCAUUCUUCGAGACCUCCGCCAAAGACAACAUGAACCUCGAGCAGGUGUUCGAAGCACUGGCCCAGCGCGGCGGUCUGCCGCUGGAAACUGGACCCUCGCAACACCGCAAAGUCUCCAUUCGCUCUUAUCAAGCGCUGCGAACAGGACGCCAGCCCGGGCGUGGAGGCAAGGCGGCCGGGUUUGAAACUCCGUGUGGGGCCCUUUACCCUUUGGCACGCAGGCCAAGCUUCAGCACCGACCUCCGCCUGGUCCUUGGACCUCAUGCAUCAGGGAAACAGAAUAAGUCACUUGACAAAUGUCGGAUUCAAUGACACAGUAAAAAAAAAAAGAGAGAGAGAGAGGGAGAACAAGGCAGAAAGAGAGAAAGAAGCGAGAAAGAGAGUUUGUUGGACUUCAUAAAACUACAUGUAUUCAGUUGUAGGUGAAGUAGCUGAAACAGGAGUAGUCUCCAUAUAUCUGUGUGGCUUGUUCUCACAAUCGCUGUGAUUUGACCGUUUGUUGCCUGUCACUGAUGUUGUGUGAUUAAUCAGUUUGGUAUCCAGACACAGACCACUUUGCAUUCAGGUGUUUGUGGAAUGAUGACAUUUUGAUUGUAAAAAUGUAAAUUAGAACGAACUAUUGAGAUUUUAAAUA